AUGCAUAUGAGGCAAGAUAAUCCACCUUUGUGCGGAAGAGACCACAUGGCGUAUAGAUCUGCCUAUUUUCCUGUUAAGGAUGUUAUUGAUGGGGACCUAUGUGAGCAAUACCAAACAUUUCCAAUGGAUUUGCAGCGAAAAAUUGCUGAUGAAUUGGACAGGACCCGUGGAGAAAUUCUGAAGAAACUCGAAGAAGUACGAAACAAGAUUAUUUAA